AAACGUGGAGGCAGAGAGAAAGUUAGUGAUGAGCGUUUACAGCAACCUGGAUACCGGCAACAAAUCUAGAGACUCGUUUCCUCUUUUGAUAUUUUUCUACACGUAACAUAAGGUCAUAGGGUCAAGAAAAUGGCCACCUCAGCAAGUUCCAAACUCAGCAAAACUGUUAAGGAGCAGUAUAUGGCUCUCCCUCAGGGAAACAAAGUCCAAGCCAUGUACAUUUGGAUCGAUGGGACUGGAGAAGGACUACGCUGCAAGACCAGAACUUUGGAUUCUGAACCCAAGACAAUCAAGGAUGUUCCUGAGUGGAACUUCGAUGGCUCUAGCACUUACCAGGCAGAGGGCUCCAACAGCGACAUGUACCUGAUCCCUGCAGCCAUGUUUAGGGACCCUUUCAGGAAGGACCCUAACAAGCUUGUGCUCUGUGAAGUGCUCAAAUACAACGGCAAGCCAGCGAACACCAACUUGCGUCACACCUGUAAAAAGAUCAUGAGCAUGGUGCAGGAUCACCACCCGUGGUUUGGUAUGGAACAGGAGUACACUCUCCUGGGCAUGGAUGGACGUCCCUUUGGCUGGCCCACCAACGGUUUCCCAGGUCCACAAGGACCUUAUUACUGUGGAGUGGGUGCAGACAAGGCUUAUGGACGAGAUAUAGUAGAGUCCCAUUACAGAGCCUGUCUGUAUGCUGGGAUCCAGAUCUGUGGCACCAAUGCUGAAGUCAUGCCAGCUCAGUGGGAGUUCCAGGUGGGGAAUUGUGAAGGUAUCAACAUGGGGGACCACCUGUGGGUUGCUCGCUUCAUCCUUCACAGAGUCUGUGAGGAUUUUGGUUUGGUGGUGUCCUUUGACCCCAAACCUAUCUCAGGCAACUGGAAUGGUGCUGGCUGCCACACCAACUUCAGCACAAAGGAGAUGCGAGAGGAUGGUGGACUGAAGGUCAUUGAAGAGUCAAUUGAAAGGUUGGCUAAGAGACACAAAUAUCACAUCCGGGCUUACGAUCCCAAAGGCGGGUUGGACAACGCCAGACGCCUCACCGGUCAUCAUGAAACCUCAAACAUUGAUGAGUUCUCAGCUGGUGUGGCCAAUCGUGGUGCCAGCAUCCGCAUCCCUCGCAUAGUGGGGCAGGAAAAGAAGGGCUACUUUGAGGACCGCCGUCCAUCCGCCAACUGUAACCCUUACAUUGUCACAGAGGCUCUGGUGCGCACAUGUUUACUCAAAGAAGAGGGAGACGAGCCUGCUGAUUACAGCAGCAAAUCAACAGCCUAAGACAAUGUGGCAUUGCCAUUACUGCCUUUAGUUUAGUUUGUUUCAAGACUGUAUAAAUUUAUCUUUAUACCUUUGUGACUUUUUUUACUUGACAUAUGAAUUAAUAGAGGUAUCCUAGCAAUCCUUGUAUAUUUGUAUGUAGUAAGUCUUUAACCCAGACACAAACACUCACUGUUAUAUGUUUUAACUUGCACAAAUGAAAAUUGUCUGUGCAGCAGCUUUUUGCUCUGUAUCGUGUAGCUCUGACCCAAAGGAUCCCAAAGGCAUUAGAAUGUUUUUAGUGAUCUUAGCCUCUGUUCAGAUAGUUGUGAAUAGAGAAGAUCACUAUAUAGGCCAGUUUACUUUCAUGGGGGGGUUAUAAUGUAUGUCUGUUGUCUCUUUUUUCACUUGUAAUUGUCACUAAAAACUAAUAAAUACUUUUGCAUAUAA